UGAUUGGUCGAGGUGGGGGCGGGGUGGAACAGCACGCUGUGAUUGGCUGAAGGCGAGGGCGGGGCGCGGCCGCGCGUUUCUAUUGGUCUGCCGGAGUAGGCGGGGCGGGAGGGAGCGCUGCGAUUGGCGCAGAGCGGGAGGGUGGGCGGGGCCUGGAGCGAUGGCGGCGGCGGCGCUGCGGUCCCGGGGCGGCGGAGCGGUGCUGGCGACGCUGCUGCGGCCCCGGCGCGGCUACAAGAGCACCUUCAGGGCCUCGGAGCUGGAGCUGCAGCGCUCGGGGGCCCCUGGGACCCCCCCGGCCCCCCGGGAUCUGCUCUUUGGGAAGGUUUUCACCGACCACAUGCUGACGGUGGAGUGGGAGCGGGCGGGGGGCUGGGGGCGCCCCCAGAUCCGCCCCUUCCAGGAGCUGCGGCUGCACCCGGCCUCCAGCGCCCUGCACUACGCCGUGGAGCUCUUCGAGGGCCUCAAGGCUUUUCGGGGCGACGACGACAAAAUUCGGCUUUUUCGCCCCGAACUGAACAUGGAGAGGAUGCAGAGAUCGGCCCGGAGGGUGUGCCUGCCUGAGUUUGACGGGCGGGAGCUCCUCGAGUGCAUCCGGGCCCUGGUGCGGCUCGAGGGGCGCUGGGUGCCGCGGGACCCCCAGAGCAGCCUCUACAUCCGGCCCACCUUCAUCGGCACCGAGCCCACCCUGGGGGUCGCGCCCCCCGGCCGGGCCCUGCUCUUCGUGCUGCUCUGCCCGGUCGGGCCGUACUUCCCGGGGGGCUUCGGGCCCGUCCGGCUCCUGGCGGACCCGCGGCACGUGCGGGCGUGGCCGGGCGGGGCCGGGCACUGCAAGCUGGGCGGGAACUACGGGCCGUGCCUGGAGCUGCAGGAGGCGGCGCGGGGCCGA